AAAAAAAAGGAAAGAUGGGGGGUAAUAAAGAGAACUGAUCGAGAAAGGAUGAGGCCACUCCAAGCGUAGAAGCAGCAGCAGAGGCAGAAGAGAAGCCGUUGGCUUUCGUCGCCCCCAUCACAAUGCUCGACGGCGCUGCUUCCGGCGUUCUGCUUCUCCUCUUCUGCACUGCCGCCGCCGGCCUGGUCGGCUCGGCCGUUGCUGGCGGUUCCUCCGACGCCGCCGCUCUCCUCGCCUUCAAGUCCGCCGCCGACCCCGGCAACCGCCUCGCCUUCCCCGCUCCCCCCUCCAACGACUCCGCCUCCCACUGCCGCUGGCCUGGCGUCUCCUGCUCCCCCGCCGGUCGCGUCGUACGCCUCGUGCUCGUUAGCUCCGACAUCACCGGCUUCUUCACCCCCGGCACCCUAGACCGCCUAGACCAGCUCCGCAUACUCAGCCUCCAGGACAAUUCCCUCGCCGGCCCCAUCCCGGACCUCUCCCCGCUGAUUAACCUCCGGGCCAUCUUCCUCGGCCAUAACCGCUUCGGCGGUCGCUUCCCGCCCUCGAUACUCUCCCUCCACCGCCUCCGCGUCCUCGAUCUCUCCAGCAACCACCUAGCCGGCCCCGUCCCGCAGGCCCUUGCCUCCCUAGACCGCCUCGUCGCUCUCCGCCUGGACUCCAACCGCUUCAACGGCUCCCUCCCUGCCUUCAACCAAACCUCUCUUAAAACCCUCAAUGUCUCCUUCAAUAACUUCUCCGGCGAGAUCCCCACCACCUCCAUCUUGUCUUCCUUCUCCGCCUCCUCUUUCGCUGCAAAUCCAGCGCUCUGCGGUAAGAUUCUAGGAAAGGAGUGCCGCGUCGACGCCCAUAUACUCUUCCCCCACCGCGGUAAUGACUCUCACAAUGCGUCGUCGCCGGCCGGAGCUAACUUAGGGCAAAAUAGCAGGUUCAAUCUACCGGCAUCUUCGCCGUCUCAAAAGAUGCAUAAGAGAGCCGUCGUCGCCAUAGGGUUCUUGGCCAUCUCGAUGCUGGCGAUUGGAAUCUUGGGCGCGUUGCUGGUGAUGCAGAGACGGAGGAAGAGAAUGAAGCAGGGGGAGAUUCUAAUCCCAGUGAAGCGCAACACCGAGGCGGCGGAACCGGCCCCAGCGGCCGUGGAAAGCUACACCGAAGAGAUCGAGAGUGGGAACAACGAGCUCAUCGCUGCGGCGGCGAUGGCGGUGUCGGAGGAGAAGGUAAAGAAGUUGGCAAAGAGUGGGUGUUUGGUGUUCUGCUCUGGGGAGGCGCAGGUGUACACGCUUGAGCAGCUGAUGAAGUCGUCAGCGGAAAUGCUAGGGAGGGGGAAGCUUGGCACAACGUACAAGGCGGUGCUGGAGAACAGGCUCAAUGUGACAGUGAAGAGGUUAGACGCCGCAAAGCUGGCAGCGACCGGGAAGGAGGCAUUCGACCGACACAUGGAGGUGGUGGGGAGGCUCCGCCACCCCAAUUUGGUGCCAUUGCGGGCAUUCUUCCAAUCUAAGGAGGAGAGGCUGCUGGUGUAUGAUUACAAGCCCAAUGGAAGCCUUUAUUCAUUGAUUCAUGGCUCAAGAUCCACGAGGUCGAAGCCCCUUCACUGGACUUCAUGUCUUAAGAUAGCAGAAGAUGUUGCACAAGGACUUGCAUACAUUCACCAAGCUUCUCCAUUAGUUCAUGGCAACAUCAAAUCGGCCAACAUCCUCCUUGGUUCUGAUUUUGAGGCUUGCCUAACCGACUAUUGUCUCUCAUUUCUCGUGGAGUCAUCAGACAGCGAAGAUGUCUCAGGAUACCAAGCUCCCGAAACUCAAAGAUCUAACGAUCCUUUAACUCCCAAAUCGGACAUCUACUGUUUCGGUGUGCUAUUGUUGGAGCUUCUCACUGGCAAAUCUCCAUCACAACAUCCGGUCCUAAUGGAAACCGAUAUACCUGCUUGGGUUCAAUCGACACGGGAAGAUGGUGGAGACGAUGAGCGCUUAAUGAUGAUCGUCAACAUCGCAGCAGCCUGCGUCCAUCCAUUUCCAGACAGUAGGCCAACCACAUGGCAGGUUCUGAAAAUGAUUCAGGAAGUGAAGGAGGCCGAUAACGGCGACAAUGACAGUGAUUCUGCAUCACUUUCUUAAAACUUAAAACCUCGGAUGCAACUUCAAACCAUCCUUGUGGUAAGGAUCAAGUUGGCAGUUUGCUCACAUCUCCCUCAGUUCACAAGUCCAUUUCUGAUGUACUUUUUAGAUCUUAACUGUGCUAUACAAGCUAUAACAUGCAAUGAAUAAGGAUCAAGUUGGAACUUCCAGGUGUGCCAAAGAGAUAAUAUUGUAAGACUGUUCUUAGCGUUAUAAUAGAUUUUUUAUUGAA